AUGCGUCGCGAGUCGCCUAUGCCCCGCAACGAUGGCAGCGCGUCGGCGACGCCUCUCGCCGGCUCCGGAAGGCCUAUUAUUUCCCGCAACACGUCUGCUAAUACCAACACCGCUGUGCUGAGGGAUGCCAGCGGCUCGUCCCCCAGGCCGCCUAAUGUCAGCCGCGCAACAGACCAGGCAGGCGGUCGAAAGCGCCUUUCAUCCAUGCCCAUCGGGCCACCAGCCGCCAAGUCAACUGAGCCAUCGAUGGCGUCCCGAGCCGAUCAAGACGGCGCGGUGUCCCCUGGCCCUGCAGAGUCCAACUCUACAACAUCAUCUGAUGAAGACGAGUCGAGCCCGGCGCAAUCUCGCAUCAUCCGCCGGCCGCCCCGUUUCCAGCAGCAGGAGGCGGCGGAAGCUUACCAAGACGAAGACGAAGACGGCUCUGAGCCAGCCUUUCAGCCAUACCAAGCCCAGCCGGAUCAAGUUUCUGCGCAAGACUUGGCGUCGACCCUGAAAGGCGAUGGUCACCCACCAUCCAAGCCCAGGUCCAAUAUUGUCGGCCGAGAUGCCAUACAUCAGUCGCAGACGUCCGACUCCUCCGCUGGAUCUGCGCAUAUGCAACGCCAUGGGAAAGCCCGGGAGCAACGAGGCACAGGCCCACUUUCCCCUCGUCGAAAGGCCGAGCUGGCCGGCCGCAGUCCUGGCGGCAAAGCAAAAGCCAGCUCGCGCGAAGGCAGCGACGGCACUCCCAGCAUGGGAAGCAGCUUUAGCGACCUGGAUGAUGCGUCUGUCACGCAGUCGGCGCUGGAGGAUGCUCUUGCCAGUCAAAUGAAUCGUGGUGCCAUCAGCAGCCGCUUCAGCAUCAGCGGUGCAUUCCGCAGCCGUUACGCACCAGGCUCUAACAAGUGA